AUGGCGACGCGAUCCGUUUUUACCGGCCUGGGCCUCCGCGCUACGGUGCCUUGGUCUUGCUUCCGGGCUGUGGCCGGACGUGGUGCGAACCAAGCUCCACAAGUUCUCCAUCUCCCCUCCAUCCCCUCCUCCACCGUCCUGAUCCGCGCCCUCGCCGCGCCCAUAAACCCCGCCGACAUCAACACCAUACAAGGCACGUACGGGGCGAAGCCCGAGUUCACCACCGAGCUGGGCACGCAACCCGCCGCCGCAGUCCCCGGUAAUGAAGGCGUGUUCGAGGUGGUAUCUACGGGAUCGAGCUCCCUAGGGUUCGCCAAGGGCGACUGGGUGAUACCCUCCCAGUCCGGUUUCGGCACCUGGAGGACGCACGCGCUCGUCGAGGCCGACGCCCUGUUCAAGAUCAACAAGGAGGGCCUCACGCCCACCCAGGCCGCGCAGGUCAGCGUGAACCCCUGCACCGCCUACCGCCUGCUCCGCACCUUUGGUCCCGCCACGGGAGUCAAGGAGGGUCUCCCCAUGAACCACCUCGAGCCCGGCAGCGGUGCGUGGUUCAUCCAAAACGGCGCCAACUCGGGCGUCGGCCGCGCCGCCAUCCAGCUCGGUCGCAUCUGGGGCCUGCGCAGCAUCAACGUCAUCCGCGAGCGCGAGAUCCCCGAGGAGACCGAGGUCCUGCGCAAGGAGCUCAAGGACCUGGGUGCCGACGUCGUCGUGACCGAGUCCGAGUUCCUCACGCGCGAGUGGAGGGAGCGUCUCCGGGACAUUACGAACCACGGUCGCGACCCCGUCCACCUCGGUCUCAACUGCGUCGGCGGCAAGUCCGCCACCAACAUUGCCCGCUCGCUCUCCGAGGGCGGUGCCAUGGUCACGUACGGAGGCAUGUCGAAGCAGCCCGUCCUGCUGCCGACCGCCGCGCUCAUCUUCAAGGACGUGCGCUUCCUCGGCUUCUGGCUUUCCAAGUGGAAUAAGAAGGACCCCGCGGGAAGAAAGUACUCGAUCGAGUAUCUCUUGGAUCUGAUGAGGGAUGGCCAGUUCCAUGACGCACCUGUAGAGGAGGUCAAGUGGGACUGGGAGACGGGCGAGGCUGCUCUGAAGGAGGUGGCUCAGAAGGGGCUGGAAGGGUUUAGGGGCAAGAAGGGCCUGUUCCUCUUUGGAGAAACGUAA